AUGACAAUGCGCCCUUCACUCAAAUGUGCCCUCGUCUGGGGCGCUGUCGCCUGCAUUGCCACGGCAAACCCCGUCUCGCGACAACUUCUCGUGAGGCCCGACUCUAAGCUCAAUGACACAGCACCGACGACUUCUACAGGCUACCCUUCAGAUACAUAUAUAACGAUGACCAAGCAUUUGACCUUGGUCAUUAAGAAUACCCCCGUUGACUGCGCUCACGGCCCGAGUCCGACACCGUUCGCGUUACCGUCUUGCGAUUUCGAGAAUGGUACUUCGCCGAUGACAACUACUCGGUAUUAUUGUGGUGGUGAGGGGUUUCCUCCUUGGGAACGCGAUCCUGACGAAAUGGAAGAUGACGUUGACUAUGAUGCCGAUGAGGAGGAUUUUGAUGAAAACGAUGAGGAUGAAGAUACGGAUGAAGAUGAAGAUGAGGAUAUGGAGGAUGAGGAAGAUGACGACUACCUCAGUGAUUAUGCCGAACCUGGAUUCUUCGCACCUGAACAUUUCGACCGCAUGAAUAUGGACUGCACAACUCAACGCAUGCUGGGCCCCCCCGUGCUCAACUUUGAGCGCACCACCACCGUCUACACCACCACCUCGACCGUCUCCCAGCUCGUCAACUGCGGCCGGUGCACCGCGGUCACAACAGUCCCUUAUUUCUCCCCGGGUUACCCACCCCAAUUCCCCAACUAUACCACGACCGUCACGGCCAUCCAGCCCACCACGACGACGCUGCUCAACUGCGAACCUCAACCCACGCAGGACGGUGUAUAUGCCGAGAGAGAAAUUGUUAGAGUUGGCGGCAUCCCUGUUCCUGUGCGGACACACCUCACCAAGGUUGACCAUUGGCCCCCGCUCGUUACUACGUACACGGAUUUCCCCAGGGGCCGUGACGAGGUGGAGUGUGCCAUGUACUAUAACCUCUUCCCGUCGCGUCUGGGCAGCGUUCGAAAGAUUUAUACUGCGACGAAGACGACGACGGCGCACAAGGAUUGUGGUGUUUGUGCACUGGUCUGGGGCACGGCUGCGUAUCCCUUCGAGGUUGGACCGUUGCCGACAACGAAGACUAAGAAGGGGAAGACGACGAUCACGGCCAUGGCGUGCAGAACCCCGAAAGGGGGUCGAUAA